AUGAAGUUCCUCUCGGCGCUUGCAGUGCUUGCCGCGGCCGCCUCCGUGCAGGCUAAGAUCAAGCAGCCCAACGCCUGCACCAAGAUCUGCAGCAGUUUCCUCGCCUCCUUCCAAACCGACCUCGGCUGCGACAACUCCGAGGACUUUGACUACGCAUGCUCGUGCCAGUCCGAGAUCUACACGGACUCGUUCGCGCUCUGCGUCAAGACCUGCUACGACGACGAGCGCGUUUCGGCCUGGAAGACCUGGGUCAAGAAGUGCACCAAGGCUGGUUACGCCUACAGCGAGGGAUGGGAUUACUACUACGAGGAGGGUCUUAGCGACUACGUUAGUGCCGCUAACAUCAACAAGACCACUGUCGUCGACAAGCCUGUCCUCCCCAAGUACGCGACUGUUCACAACAACUACCUCGCUCGCUUCCAGAAGAACCGCACCAUGGUCUGGGCUGAGUACUACGGAAACAUCAUCAACUCUCUCUGGGCUCUGCUCAUUCUCAUCUCCUUCCUGCGCCUUGUCUCGGUCCGCUUGAGCCCCCGCAAGGGAUCUGCUCCCUACGGCUUCGUCACCAAGUUCCGCAAGAUCUUCAUCCUCCCCGCUACCUUCGGCAAGCGUCACAUCCAGUCCGUCAAGGGCUUGGGUACCGUCCCGCUUCGCUGGCAGGCACUCGUCGUCUUCCUUCUCUUCUGCAUGAUCAUCAUCUUCUCGUUCGUCGACAUCCACAUGACCCCGCUCCCCAACACCUACUACUCGCAUGCGCUGCAGUGGGGUCGUUAUAUCGGUGACCGCACCGCCAUCCUCGGAAUCAUCCAGCUCCCGGUCCUCUUCCUCUUCGGCGGCCGCAACAACAUCCUCAUGCUCCUCACCGGCUGGUCGUUCGAGACCUUCAACGUCUUCCACAAGUGGCUCGGACGGUUCACCUUCCUGGCCAUCUGCUUCCACGCCUGGGCGUUCUCGUACUACUACGGCAACGUCGGCGGUCAGAACGGCACCGGCAAGUGGGAGUACUACAAGGAGGAAAUCCUCCAGACCAAGGAGAACUACCUCGGAAUCGUCGCCAUCGUCAUGAUGGGCCUCAUCAUGAUCGGCGCCGCCUACCCUCUCCGCCACCGCUGGUACGAGGUCUUCCUCGUCUUCCACAUCUCGCUCGCCAUCUGCUUCUUCGCCGUCGCCUGGCAUCACGUCAAGGAGCACGGCUACAUGAACUACUUCUACGCCGCCACCGCCGUCUGGGCCUUCGACGUUCUCCUGCGCGCGCUCCGCGUCGCGACCGCCGGUCCCUUCACCAAGGCCCAGAUCACCGCGCACGGCGACGCCAUCUACAUCGCUGUCAAGCCCUCGCUGCGCUGGUCCGCCAAGCCCGGCCAGUACGCCUUCAUCUACGUCCUCCGCCACAACUUCUGGGAGUCGCACCCGUUCUCGAUCGUCGAGACCCGCGACGGCCACUACAUCUUCGUCGCCAAGAAGCAUAAGGGUCUCACCCACAAGCUGCACACCUCCGUCUCCAAGACCGACAACAAGACCGACAUCGCCCGCGUCUGGAUCGAGGGCCCCUACGGCGACACCUUCCCCGUCGCUCGCUACGAGACCGUUCUCCUCAUCGCCGGUGGUAUCGGAAUCACCGCCAUGCUUUCCUACGCGCUUGACAUGAAGCGCAAGGGCACCGACCAGCACGUCGUCCUCUACUGGAUGGUCCGCGAGUCCUCCUCGCUCAAGUGGGUCAAGGAGCAGCUCGCCGAGCUCACCGAGUCCGGCCUGAUCGAAAUCAACAUCUUCGUCACCGGCGAGUCCGAGGGCGAGAAGACCGCCGCCGCAGGCGAUGAGUCCUCCACCUCGCUCUCGGACGCCUCGGCCUCCGACAAGGAAGGCCGCGCCAUCUCCGGCCCGCGCUACUCCGUCAAGUUCAACGCCCGCCCGGAGAUCAGAGAAGUCAUCGCCUCGACCGUCAAGUCCGCCGAGGGCUCCGUCGCCGUUGUCUCCUGCGGCCCCGACACCCUCGCUGACGAGUGCCGCUCGGCUACUACCGAGAACCUCGACCAGGGCAAGGGACGCGUCGACUACUUUGAGGACGCGUUCUCGUGGGCUUAA